UCGUAUUUAGUAUAGGAUUCUACGUCUUGUUCAUCAGAUCGACGGCUUGAUUCGGCUUGCGGCAACUGAAUACAUCAGAAACCGUAAUUAAAAAAUUAUUGCUGGUGUUUAGUCAUCCGAAUUCCAAGUAACUAAGUUACUCGUAAUAGCUUGUAAUCUCGAAAGUCGUUCCCAAAAGCGAUACUAAAACGAUGUCGUGGUACUAUACUCCCAAACCAACCGUACUCCCGGCGGAGGGAUUCGACGCCUCGGCGGAUGCGAAUGCGCUAAGGGCUGCGAUGAAAGGUAUGGGAACCGAUGAACAGGCCAUCAUCGAAAUUUUAUGCGCCCGAAGCAAUGCCCAGCGGAUGCAAAUUAUCGACACGUAUAGUGGUGAGCUGGGACGGGACCUGAUCGAAGACCUCAAGUCCGAACUGGGCGGAAAGUGUGAAGAUGUCAUCGUCGCUCUGAUGUUGCCACCGGAAAAAUACCUCUGCAAGCAACUGCACAAGGCCAUGGAUGGUAUCGGUACGAACGAGGCUACCCUGAUCGAGAUCCUUGCUCCGCAAACCAACGAAGAAGUGAAGAAGUUGGUUGAUUGCUACGAGGAAAUGUACAACCGGCCACUGGCCGAACAUUUGUGCAGCGAGACGGACGGUAGCUUCCGACGGUUGCUCACUAUGAUCAUUGUGGGUGCGAGAGAUCCCCAAGGAACGGUCGAUGCGGAUCUUGCUGUCGAACAAGCCAACCAGCUGUACAAUGCAGGCGAAGGAAAACUGGGCACCGACGAGGAAGUGUUCUACAAGAUCUUGGCCCACGCCAGCUUCGAUCAGCUGGAGAUAGUAUUCGAGGAGUACAAGAAAUUAUCCGGCCGCACGAUCGAGCAGGCCAUGAAGGACGAACUCAGUGGCGAACUUUACGAUGCGUUGAGUGCUAUCGUCGAAUGUGUUCAAAUGGCGCCGCAUUUCUUUGCCAAGCGCUUGCACAAGGCAAUGGACGGCGCUGGAACGGACGAUGCCAGCAUGAUACGGAUCAUCGUCUCUCGCUCGGAGAUCGAUCUUCAAAAUGUAAAGGACGAGUACGAGCAGAUGUACAACAAAACGCUGCUGAGCGCUGUUCGGGGCGAAUGUUCCGGUGAUUAUAAACGUGCACUCUGUGCUCUCAUCGGCGAGGCUUAAACCGAAGAAUACAUAUGUUGCUGAAGAAAAUACUAUAUACCGAAAACUAAAAUACUGAGUGUUAAAUUCAAUAUCUAUAUAUGUCAUACAUAAGUGUUGCAGCUCCGAAAAUAGGCAUUUAAUUGUAAAUUCAUGAAUUAGGUUAUACCUGGUUAUACUAGUAAUACUAUUAGUCACACGAUUUUGUUUAAUUUAUCUAAGUUUAUAGUACUUCCAACAAUCCGAUUGGAGACAAUAGAAUCAACAAUAUGAAUCUCAAAGGAGCUUUAUUUUAGCAUCCAUUCCACAACCGAUAUUUUCAGCCUUGCAGUUCGGCAAGAUAUAUUUAUAUUGUAAUUGGAAGUGCGAUUAGCUAAAAGCAGAAGGCCUUAAUAACAGACGAAUUUUAAAUUGCAAUAGAUACUAAAGUACCGCACAGUUUUACCGAAUGUUAUGCAUCAGAUGAAAAAUAAAAAACAAGCAAAGGCUUUGUUUCUAGGCUA